AUAGAUAGGUCGCUUGAGAAAAUGUUACGGAUUGCAUACAUCUUGCUGUUUCUAUGCGGCUGUAACGCUUCGGGCUCUGAGCAAAAGAAGCGAUCGUUCGGCCAUGACGUCAUCGCGUCUGGUAUUGGUCAUGGUGUCAUCACAUCAGUUGGUGUGGGUCAUGGCGUAGCGUCAGCGAUAGGUGGCCAUGGAGUGAUCGCGUCAGGUGGGGGUGGUUCAGGCGUUAUCGUAUCUGGUGGGCUUGGUUCUGCAGCUGGUGGACCAGUCGCUGUCGCUUCAUCAUCAGGAGUCUACAACGGAGUGCCCUCACAACACACUAUCGAAGAGUAUCACAACAACAUUGCCAUACCGGUGCCACAACCGGUACCCGUGCCAGUAUCAAGACCGGUACCCUAUCCAGUACGAGUAGCAGUACCUUAUGAUGCCCCACGCGCAGUGCCAGUAUCAGUACCUCACCCAGUACCUCAUAUAAUAACGCGUCCAGUCCCUGUUCCUGUUAAUAGACCUGUCCCGAUUCCGGUAGCUCAGCCAGUACCUGUUACAGUUACUCAAGGAGUAGGAAUACCGGUACCCGCGCCAUACGCUGUUGGGGUACCUGCUCCGGUCCCGGUUGCGGUACCUCAAGCCGUACCAGUUCCGGUAACUGUUGUCGGCCCGGGUGUAGCAGUCGGCGGAGGAGGCGGUGGUGCUGUUGGGAUAAUUAGCGGCGGGGGAUUAGGUACCGGCGGGAUAGUUGGAGUCGGAGGAUUGGGAGGCGGAGUGAUUAGCUCUGGGGGGAUUGGCGGAGGAGUAAUUGGUAGCGGUGGAGUUAUAGGUAGUUCAGGCCACACAGGGGCUAUUGUAUCUCAUUCAUCGAUCGCCAGUAGUUAUGGCCACACUGCGGUAGGCCACGGUCAUCACAUUGAGCAUCCAUGGUGAUUCUUAUUUUAGUUUAUUGUCUUACGAUGGUACAACUACAGGUUAUCGGGUAGAGGUGAUGGUUUAAUUUAAUUUACAAUUUAAUUCAGGAUAUUAUUACGAAGUAGUAUUGUAAUUAAUGGUUACGAAGUUUGAAAUUUGGGGGUAUUAUUUAUAGGACGUAAUUCAUUUUAGCAUGUUCACUUUUUAUAUUGAAUAUUUAUCAAUAUAGAAAAGUUGGGUUAGGUUAGGUUGUAAAAUGCCAUUUUUUAUCUUUUUCUAAGCCCACCGAAUUUGUCGACUAAAGAAUUUUGUUCAUUGAAUAUUUCUUUUGAUUUUAUUGUAUAAGCCACAACAUUUUUGGAUUAAAUUAAUUAUUGCAUCCUUAUAGUUAAACUUAAUGUACAAAAUUGUAAUAUAAAUAAUUUUAGUUUCAUAAUAAUAUCUUGCCAAAUGUAUAUACUUAAGAAUAGUUAAUACUAUUAGUGGCAACUGUAUCCGCCAUUGUAUAUUGGAUAAAUAUGUUUAACAUAGUUGAUACAAUAUAACUAUUAUUCAAAGGUGCUCACAUAAUUGUACCAGUACAAUAGCUUAUAAUAAAUCA